AUGAUGACCGCAAUGGCAAGAUUACCCUGCAAAACAUCCGGCUCAAAUGAGUACCAGCAGCACCACCAGCGACAAAGCAGCGCAAGUGGAAAUUUGUUUGCCGGCAACACUGCUAGAACAAACUUCUGGGACAUCCAGACAAGACAAUCUAAUCCGACUUACGUCAGGUCCCAGCAUAGACAAAUUGACCAUACAGGAAAAAGAAAAAGCGCAGUAGAAUUACUUCAAGAAUCAAAAGCAUUUUACGUUAAAAGUGAGAUAGUGUUAGACAGAAAACAAGAAUUAAAGAACAGCGGACACCUUCAAGUAGCAGCCUCGACAGCGGCAGGUGCUCCGCCGCGGUUAUUACGCAAAUGCAAUACACUGACCUGCAAUAUACCGUCUCAAGGAUCCUCGCAGUCUGCAACAUCUGGUCCCUGCUGCUGGUCCAACUGUCAAGACAAUGUCCUAUUGAGUCCACAACGUACACUGCCACCAGCAUUGCCACCCAAAAGUCCACGACUAAUAUGUUCACUACCGCAAAGACGCGCAAUAUCCGGACCACCAAGCAGCAACGGCGGCGACCAAUUACAAACAAAAUUAAGGAGAUUAUUAGUUAAUACUGACAGCAAAGAAAAUGUUUUUUUUUCUUCAGAUAAUCCGACACUUUUGUCACCUAUUGGGCAUGAGCAUUCAAAUACUUUGGAUGUAAGACUGAAGUUCGGCCGCAGCAAUUCGCAUUCAUCUGGAAAAACAACCCAAAGAAAAUUAAAUAUAUCACCUCCAGCUGAUACAACUUGUCAUAAAUCAUUGCCGGAUUUGCAUACAAGUGUCCGACGUCGUUCUUCACUGUCACCACGAGCUUCUAUUAAAUCACAGCGAUCAGGAUCUAAAACCACCUCAUUGACCACCAGCCAUCAUCACUUGACUUCUAACUGUCCUGAUUGCGAGACCACGCGUCGAUUCCUCGAUGACGAUGAAAGCGGCAGCGAUAACAUAAACAUCAAUGACGACAAUGCCGAUCUUGAUACCUCCAUUUUGUUGAAAAAUCUCGGACUUAUCUUCCCGAGACAUCAUAAGAAUCACAAGAGAACUCACCAUAGGAAUCAUGCAUUGCUUCUAGCAAUCACGGACAGAGAUAUAGAAACGUUAGGGUUCGGACCAACGGCCGGGGUGUCGGAGUUUUUGGAGAUGUAA